CCUCUCGGGAGAGCGUGAGAAGAAUCGUCAAACACCCCCCCUCCUUCUCCCCCUCGCCGCCCGCCGCCACGAGCCAUGGCGCCGUCCGCCAGCGCCUCCUCGUCCUCCUGCUCCGACAGCUCGGGCUCCAGCGACUCCUCCUCCUCCUCGGGGAGCGACCGCCGCGUCCGCCGCCGCCACAGCCGCCGCAAGGACGCCGCCGCGCCGUCCUCGUCCUCCUCCGCCGCCGCGCUGAAGGCGCGCAAGGACAGGAAGUCCCGCCACAAGCGGCGUCGCCGGGAGCGGCGCAAGUCCCGGUCGGACGACGACAGCUACAGUAGCGCAAGCUCUUAUGACAGUGACCGCGAGGCAUCUGGAAGAUCACGUAAGCAUAAGAAGAGCAGUAGAUCAAGGAAGUCUAGGGAGAGGGAGCGAAGCAAGGAUAGGCAUCAUAAACGAGACAAGGGUAAACAUAGAGAGAAGAAAGAGAGUGAACGUUCUAGCGGUCCUGUGCAGCUUUCCAAGUUCCUUGCUCGUGAGAAAGAUGAGGGCGGUAAAAGGAGUGUUAUCUCUGGUAAAAAGAUAAUGAUGAAGCUUGAAAAAUCCAAGGAAGAUAAGGCUGCCGAGAGCAAGCGCAAUGAACUGUUGAAGUUUCUGAAUGCCAGUUACGACUGACAGUUAGUUAGUAGUGGUGAUACUGGCUGGAUUAAUCUUGAUACUACUGCUUAGUUCCUGGUGCUUUUGGUGACCGCAGAAGCUUUUUGUUCUGUUCUUUUCAAGUUAUGGCAUGACCAUCAGUGCUUUUCACCGGUAGUUUUUAGCUUGGUGUGUUAGUGAUAUUAAAAUUACAUCUUACUACUAUCUACCAUUUGGUUGUUCCCAGUUUUGUACUUUUUCAUGGGGUUUUCUUGUAAACCAGUUUCAGCUGGAUUCACCAUACUAGUGCUUUUAUCAGUUUCCUUGAGCAAUGUUGUGUACA